CGAAUAGGCAGUACACUUAGUAAUUCGCUGGAAACUGUUAGUGUAGUGUAUUUAGUUUCAUUACGAUUUAAUAUUUUUGGAAAUUGUAUGUACCUACAUAUAAAAUAAUCAACAUGAAACGGAAACGAGAAGCAAAUGCAUGGGUGAAAUUCCGGCUGUUGAUGUGGAAGAACUUUCUGCAGCAGUGGAGACACCCCUUGCAAACUGCAGCUGAAUUGUUACUACCAGUUGUUACCAUGUCUCUUAUUCUCCUUCUACGUUGGCAAAUUGAACCUCGGAAUGUUGCAUUAAAAGAAUUCGAACCCGUACCUGUGGACUCUUUCACUAGUUCAUCUCGUGGAAUUUUGAUUGGCAUGAAUUUAACUAGAAUAUCAGUAGCUUAUUCACCAGCGAGUGACGUGUUGGAAGAUGUCGUAAGAAGUGCUACACUGAAUUUCUUCGUAAAUAAUGUAGUAGAUCUGAUAAAAAUUAUAUUGGACAGAUUAACGGAUAAAACAGUUCCGUCAGAUAUUCCAGUAAAUUUAAUAAACCUGAAUUUAACUUCUAUCCAUGAAUUUCUGAAAUCGUUAGUACGAAUUGAAGCUUAUAAUAGUAGCGCUGAACUUAGAGGGAUUUAUGCUGACGAAGUAUAUACUCGGAGAGUGCUAGCUGCUGUAGAAUUUAGUGAUUCGUUAAAUGGAGCAACAGAAAUACCAAACAACAUAACGUAUUCCUUAAGAUUCCCAGAGAGGCCGCGCCAAUAUUCAUUUUAUUUGUUUGGUAGUAGCAGUUGGCGUACAGAUAUGGUUUUUCCUGUUUUUGAAUUACCGGGACCUAGAUCGUCUUCAUCAGUAGGCGGCAACGAUCCUGGAUAUAUGCAUGAAAUGUUCGUGCAACUGCAACACUUUAUAUCAAUGGAAUUAAUAUCUAGAAUAUCAGGCGAGAACUUGAGAAGAUUUAAAGUAAAUAUUCAAAGGUUUCCUCAUCCAGCAUAUGUGGAAGAUUUAGCAAUAGAAUUAAUGCAAGCACUUUUUCCAAUGUUUAUAAUAAUAAGUUUUAGUUAUACGGCCAUAAAUAUUACUAGAGCUGUUACACUCGAAAAAGAAUUGCAGUUAAAGGAGACUCUAAAGAUAAUGGGUAUGCCCACAUGGAUUCAUUGGUCGGCAUGGUUUUUGAAACAGUUUAUAUUUUUAUUACUUGCUUCAAUUCUAAUCGUCAUUAUUUUAAAGGUAAACUGGUUUACUACCGAGGAAGGUAUCGGCGACUAUGCUUUAUUCACGCAUACACCUUGGCAUGUGCUGUUCUUUUACUUGUCUUUAUAUUUAUUUUGUACAAUAUUUUUCUGCUUUAUGGUCAGUGGGUUCUUCUCAGUGGGGAGCACUGCCGCAUUAUUUAUGGGUGUUAUUUGGUUUUUAACAUAUAUUCCUUCAAUGUUAUUGACGGCAGACAUCAACAUAUCCAGUUUUGGUCAAGUUGUCACUCUCCUUAGCUUAAACACAGCAAUGUCAUAUGGGUUUCAACAACUUUUGGCCAAGGAGAGUUUAGGCGGUAUUCAAUGGGGGGAGUUUAUGUCAGUGGCGGAUUCGAACUCUUCUCGAUUAACAUUUGGUCAUGUGGUCAUAUUCCUGGUAAUAGAUUCUGUAUUAUAUAUGUUAAUUGCACUUUACUUGGAACAAGUUCUACCCGGGCCGUACGGAAUGCCUAAACCUUGGUAUUACCUUUUUCAAAAAGACUUUUGGUGUUCAGGAAAUAAAGAGGUCGAACAAUUUGGUAUUUCUGACAAUGAAGAAAUAAUAAUGGAAAAGGAACCUGCUGACCUUACAAUAGGUUUGAAAAUAAGGAAUUUGACUAAAAUAUUUGGUGCUAACACUGCUGUGAACAACUUGUCACUGAACAUUUACGAUGAUCAAAUUACUAUUUUACUCGGUCAUAACGGUGCUGGAAAAUCGACAACUAUAUCAAUGAUUACAGGUAACCUGCCAGCCACUCGAGGCUCAGUUUAUGUCGCUGGCUAUAACAUGAGCACGGAAAUGGGUUCAGCUCGUAGCAAUCUUGGCCUCUGUCCACAACAUAAUGUAAUUUUUAAUGAACUAACAGUUAGAGAACAUCUGGAAUUCUUUGCAAGGCUCAAAGGAUUUUCGGGCAAAGAACUUGACAAAGAAAUAGAUUCGCUUAUAGAGAAUUUGGAAUUACAACAUAAGCGAGAUUACUUAGCUCACGGGCUGUCAGGUGGACAAAAACGCCGCCUGUGUGUGGGCAUAGCUCUGAGUGGCGGGGCUCGCGUCGUACUGCUCGAUGAGCCGACCUCCGGCAUGGACCCCUCAUCGCGCCGAGCGCUCUGGGACCUCUUGCAGAAAGUGAAAAAGGGUCGAUCUAUAAUUUUAACGACACACUUCAUGGACGAAGCGGACAUCCUGGGCGAUCGUGUGGCGAUUAUGGCCCACGGACAGUUGCAGUGUGUCGGCUCUCCGUAUUUUCUAAAGAAACAUUAUGGUGUUGGAUACACUCUGGUUGUAGUGAAAGGCGAAGGUUUUAGAUAUGACGAGUGUACUGCACUGCUCAAUAAAUAUAUUCCAAGCACUGAAGUUAAAGAAGAUCGCGGCACUGAGGUAACAUAUAGUUUAUCAAAUGAAAAUUCACAUAAAUUCGAAAAUAUGCUGAACGAUUUGGAAAGCAAUAUAGACAAGAUAAAAUUUAAAAACUAUGGCUUGGUCGCAACCACUUUAGAAGAUGUUUUUUUAUCAGUCGGCUCAGAUGCAGAACUAGGAAAUUCUGUAUCUGAGGAAACUGAGACAAUCGCCAGUACCAUUAAUGGAAACACAAAAGAUUCAGACACAUUGUCUAUUGAUCAAUUUGCUAAUGAUGAGCAAGUUUCGACGGGCUGCCGGUUGCUGUGGCAGCAUGUUACGGCCGUUUGGAUAAAGCUCUGGCUCACUAAAAUACGAUCAUGGAGUAUAAUAAUACUACAAUUGCUAGUUCCAUUGAUUCAAAUAGUAGCGGCGCUUAGUAUACUAGAAUACAUAAUGUCACUGCAAGGCAAUAUACAAUCCCGGCCGCUCACGUUUACUGAGGGAUAUGCUAGCACGGAAAGCCUUCUAAGUUUCAACGGCACAAAUUCGACAUCUCGAGGCGCAUUGGCAAAAGCUGCUUAUGAGCAAAUGUAUAGAUUAUUAGACAGAGAUAAUAUGAAUCUCACGGUUGUUGACCAGCAGCUAGUCGAUGACUACUAUUUAGAAAGGGCGAACGUGACCGGUGGUACAGCACAUCUCAGACACAGCCUGUUGAGCGGCGCUACAUUCAACGACGAAUCAGCAACUGCGUGGUUCAGCAACUUCGCGUACCAUGACUUGCCCAGUUCACUAGCGAUGCUCCACAAUGCGCUACUGAAAGCCUUUCAACCAGCUGCUGAGAUUAAUGUCAUGAACCAUCCUCUUGAAGCUACUUAUAGAGAUCAAAGUGAUAUGCAAGCAAUGGUAGAAUUUUUGUCUUUCCAACUAUCGUUUUCGAUUGGAAAUAGUUUGGGAAUAGUCACUGCUGUUUUUAUUAUGUUUUAUAUCAAGGAACGUGUCUCUCGUGCUAAGCUCCUACAAAAAGCAGCUGGAAUUCAGCCAAUAGUGAUGUGGGGCAGUGCUGCUGUCUUAGAUUGGGCUUGGUUUCUUCUCAUUUCUAUUACGAUCGUUAUACCAUGUGCUGCCUUCCGUGUCAUUGGGCUCUCCAGUUUUUCUGAACUAGGUCGCAUGUAUUUGUGCAUCAUGAUAUACGGUGCUGCUGCACUGCCGCUCCACUACUUGUUUUCGUUCUUAUUCAACGGACCGGCGAUAGGCUUUGUUGUCAUGUACUUUAUUAAUGUACUAUUUGGUAUUAUAGGUUCUCAAAUUGUGGAAGCAUUGUAUAAUCCAAUAUUAGAUACAGAACAUGUAGCAGAUAUUAUGGAUGCCAUAUUGCAAAUUUUCCCUCUAUACUCUUUCGUCACAGCACUUCGAUGGUUUACAACAGUUUCCGUAACAGAACAUUUUUGCCUAGAAAACUGUGGGUAUCUGUUGUCGGUAUCGACGGAGGAAUGCGACAUGCAAUACCUCUGUAAUCGAAACGUAACCGCUUGUUGUAUUAGUGAAAAUCCUUAUUUCGAUUGGGAAGAGCCUGGUGUUCUUCGAUACAUAGUAGCCUUGUUAAUUUCUGGUGUCGUAUUCUGGAUCUUACUUAUGAUUAUCGAAUACCGCCUUUUGCAAAAGAUAUUUACAUUUACAAAAAGAGCUCCGCCGAUAAAUAUGAGUACAUUAGACGAUGACGUUGCGGAUGAGGUACGUCACGUGAAACAUGUGAAGGGAACUGAUAUUGGAACGCACAGUUUGGUGGCGAGCGAGCUCACUAAGUAUUAUGGCAAGCAUCUCGCCGUCAAUCAGGUCUCCUUCACUGUGAGUGAAUCAGAAUGUUUUGGAUUACUGGGUGUGAAUGGGGCUGGAAAAACAACGACCUUCAAAAUGCUAAUGGGAGAUGAAAUCAUCUCAAGCGGAGAUGCGUUUGUUGGUGGACAUUCCGUAAAAAAGGAUAUCACAAGCGUGUACAAAAAUAUAGGCUACUGUCCGCAGUUCGAUGCUGUGUUUGACGAUCUGACGGGUCGCGAGACUCUAUAUGUGUUCUCAUUGCUGCGUGGACUCAGACCAGAGAACACCUCUGCCAAGAUACUUAUACUCGCUAAUGCACUCGGUUUCACCAAGCAUUUGGACAAAAAGGUGCGCCAGUACUCGGGCGGCAAUAAACGCAAGUUAAGCACAGCGAUAGCGCUGAUGGGGCGCACGCGGCUCGUGUUCGUGGACGAGCCUACGACGGGAGUGGACCCGGCUGCCAAGCGACAGGUUUGGCGUGCGUUGCGGGCCGCGAUGAACAGCGGGCGCGGCGUGGUGCUCACCUCGCACAGCAUGGAGGAGUGCGAGGCGCUUUGCUCGCGGCUUACCAUUAUGGUCAACGGCGGUUUCCGCUGCAUAGGCACGCCGCAGCAUCUCAAGAAUAAGUUUUCCGAAGGAUUCACUUUAAUAAUUAAACUUAAGAUCGAUGAUUCCGUAGACCUCUCAGUAAGGAGAAUAGCUGUGGACACUUUAAAACAAUUUGUGAACUCUAACUUCAAAAAUCCCAAAUUGAUGGAGGAAUAUCAAGGUCUGUUGACAUAUUACUUGCCAGAUUCUAGUUUAGCUUGGUCCAGAAUGUUCGGAAUAAUAGAGAACGCCAAAAGAGAAUUGAACAUUGAAGAUUACAGCAUCUCGCAAACGACCCUCGAACAGAUAUUCUUACAGUUUACUAAGUACCAGAAUGCUGAAAAUUCAGAAAAUCCACAGUUACAAGUUUCUCAAUUAUAACAUGCAUUUGUAUGGAAGUAUAAAUUAUAAGUAUGUAUAUAAAUCAUAAAAAAUGUGUAUUUGUAUUCACGUUAAGUUUCAUUUAAGACUUAAAACUUAUAAUUAUAUGGUAAUUAAGCGGAAGUUUUUAUGUAAUGCUAAGUUUCGAUCACAAAUAUAGGUAGAUAUUUAUAUUAAUGCCAAAUCUUUUGUAAUGUGGUCAAAGUAUUAAACAUUUCCGAACGAAUUAUUAUUUUAUUUCUACAUACAACAAGAACGCGCUUAUAUAUUUGUAAUUACGGUUUAAGUUACAUUAAUUAUUUGUAUCUAUGAUUUAAGUUAAAUACACAUACUUUAGAGUAUUAUUCAUUUUAGUAGAUAGUUCGUAUUUUUGUAAGACUUAAAUGAAGGUCAGUUUUCAUAGAACUUAAUGAUAAUGUAAAUAAACAAAUCAUUAAUCCGACUAUAAGACAGUCUGCUGAUGUUCAAUAAGUAGUAGUAGUAAAAAAAACUAUUAAUUUAUUGAAUGUGUCGACUUGUUUCGAAUUUCAUUUAGACAGUUUCUGUAAUAAUUUUAACAAAACUUGGUCAUUGUAUUUUCAUUAAGUCCUAUUGAAAUAAACUGUACUUAGUAUAAUAAUCGAAGAUGUUAAAAUACUAAACUCUGUAUUUUAUUGCUCUAAAAUAUAAAUAAUAAAUAAGUACGUUGAAAUGAGAGAAAAAAUAUAAAUCUCAAAACAAUUAGUUUUUCCGUUAAAGUUAUAAUUAUUAAUGUAUAAAGUCACUUAAUAUCUAUAAUGUUAUUCACCUGUCAUUAUAAUUUUAUCUAUAGUUUUAUAUUUUUAUAGUUAAUACAAAUUAUAGAUAUUGAUAUAACUACUAACCCGUUAAUAAGUGCCUGUAUCUGGUGCUAUAUACAUUCUAGGAGUGCAAUACGGUUCGCCACCUCUCAUAUCUUGCAUUGAAACUACUUAAUGGUUUUGAGCCGAUAUCCGCAGUUACACAUGUUUAGCUCCAACUUGCUAGAGUUUUGUCGGAUGAUCACAGAGUGUUUGUGUUCAGAGAUUUAAGAUCUAAUGUUAUUUCUAUUAUUGUUAUGUGAGUUAAAUCUUAUUAAUAUUAUUCUUUUUAGUCAUACAUAUGUGCUUUUGUACUGAUGCUUUCCUGGGUGGGCGUAUUAAGACUGUAAAGUUCAGCCAGUUGAUAAUAUAAAUAAAUAAACAUAGUUCUGAUGCUUAGACAAAUAUAUAAAGAAAAAACGCACAUAUAAUUGGAAUAAAAUCCAAAUCAUAUUUAAUAGUCAUAAAAUUUGAUAUAAAGUGAGGUAAUAAAUAUAAGUUACCUAUACUUAAUAUAUUUAUUACAUAAGUAUAUUUAUUACAAGUAAAGAUAAAGUAGUAGGUAGUUUAUUUAUUACAAGUAGGUAUAGGGAUUUUAUUGUCGAUUGUAUUUCUUUUUUUCUUGUAUUAGAUAUCUAAGCUACAUAAUACUUAUUCUUAGACUUAUUAUAUAUACAAAAUAUUUAAUUUUUUAUUUGUAAUGGGUAAAAUUAAAAAAAAAAUCAUGUACUUAUGUGGACGUGCGAAGUUAAAGUGGAUCGUUAAUACAUGUAAUAUGAAAUAAAUUUUAAAGCGAAUUGGAUUUAUAUAAUUGAAAAUAUUCCCCCGUAUUAGUGAUAUAUCCAUUGGCCUUUCUAAUUAAUAUUUCCCAGGGAGACCAUGUUCAGUCAUUUUUCUUUGGUCUGCUUUCAUCUUAGGGCAGGCAUGAUUCAGUUAUUUUAUUUAUGGUCUAAAACGGUCGACAUAUUGGCAUAUUUUUUUCAUGAUACACAAAUGUAAUUAGGGAGUAAGGCAAUUCAUAAAGAAAUAAUACAUGUUAAAAUAAGUAUUCAUUUAUUAAAAAAAAAACUACAUAGUAGUAACGUACACACGUAAUGCUUGUAUAAAUAAUAUUAAGUAGUACGUGAUAAUAGAUAUUUUAAAAAAGCUAUAGUACAAAUAAUUCAUUUUGACCAUUUUUAUCGACGUCAAUAUACGUAUUCAUUGAUUAUUGAUUAAUAAACAGAUCGAUAAAGUACAGCUAUCAUAAUGAAGUACAUAAAUGUAAGAAAUAAUACAAAAUUAAUACCAUCUAAUGGCAAUGUUUAUAGAAUACAUAUCUAGAUCACACGAUAUCACACUUGUGUUCCGUAAGUAAAGCAAACAAAAAAUACUGUAAGAACAUAACAAAUAGUAAAUCUAUAUAAAAUACAAGAGCUAAUUAAAUACGUUUGUAAAAAUUUUAAUAUAUUUUUGUACUACGUUUAUUACUAAUAAAUAAGUACCUAAACAAGUAUAUGUAAAUGUAGACAUCAAGGGUUAAUGUCAUAUAGGUACUAAAUCUUUGCGUUUUAUCUGUAUCAUUUUAUGGAUAAAAGGUCAAGUAUAAAUUUAUUCCAAGAGUCGCAUUGGCUAUCUAAUGGUAUGGCUAACAAAUAGUAUAAUAAUUCAUCUUAACAUCGUGGUACCCUAGACGAGUUACAUUCACAUAUAUUUAUUAUUUCAAACCAAAUUCCCAAUUUAUAUGAACUCAUUCUCAUCCAACGUACUUUUAUAAAAAAUUUAAAAAAAUAAUAAUAAUGUUUUGUUAAUUUCCCAUUAAUAUAUAGUUGUUUUGGCAAUCAUUGCACAAGCUUACCAGUUUCAUUUAAAUUCAAAUCAUCUUUAUUCAAAUAUACUUGUUUACAAACACUUUUAAAUCGUCAUUUUUAUGAAUCUACUGCAUCUUAUUUCUUAGAAAUAAUUUAUUUUGUAUUUUUAUGAAGUGAAGAAUACUGGCUGACACCGUCUUGUAUCUGUAUAAUGACAAUAUUAAUCCUAGCAGUGAGUAUUUUAAAAGAAAAUAUGCAUUCUACUGUACUACCAGAAGGUAGUCAAUUGGUUGUUGCCAUACUGAAGAUUUUAAUAUUCAGCUUGUCCAAUACAUUAGAAAUUUAUUAAUAGUUUCAGUAUAUACUCGUAAUUGAUAUAUGAUAUUUACAGAGAAUAUUAAAAAAUAAUAAAAAUUUAUCCUUUUUCAA